AUGGCAGUUGGACUGGCAAACGUUCUAAGAAUAAAUUUGGUACUUUUCACGUCAAUGGAAAAAGUUAAAACUAUACCAAUAGUACCAAGAGAAAAGGUAUUAUGCAAUCAUGCACUUUACCUGGCUUUUAACAAUUGUGGAUGUGGACAUUAUGAUGCUGUUGUAGAGUCAGUUAAACAGGUUACUAGUACAGAUGAAGAAGUAUAUUCUACUGAAAAUGAGGCAUCGGAACACGAAAAUCAGGAAAGAAAAAGUUGCCGUUGUGGUAGGGGAGCUGCAAGACAAAACAAAGAGAAAAUGUUUUGUUUUCAAGUUCCAGGUGAACGUCGGUCACAGUGCCCUUGCUUACGCGAAAUGAAAAAAUGUUCGUCGGCGUGUAGUUGUUUUAAUUGCAACAAUCCUCACGGAACAAAGUCCGAUAACACCACAGAAACAUCAACAUCCCAGAAACGAAAUCGUGAAAAGCAAUCUCUACAGGGAUUACGAAAGACAAGUUUGGAGUACAUGUUGCAAUGCGGCGAGAAACCAAAGGACCCAACUUGGAACAGGAUGGAAAAGUACGUUUUAAAAUCACUUGUCGAUCAUUUAGUUGAAAAUGGAGAAUUCACGAACGAAAGUGACUUGACGAGUUCUUACAACGAGUUGGUGGAUAUAGUUAAUGAAAUACCCGACGUUAAUCUUUUACUUCACAAAAAAAGUAAAAAGGUAGUGCAACAGAUGAUGAAAAAGACUACACAGCAGGCAGAAUUGUUUCGGCAAUUAUAUAUACAACAAGCCGAAGAGAAUGUAGCUAAGAAAUCAUAG